AUGCUAGGCGUCUACACCAGCGGCAUAUCCGGCGCCCAUAUCAAUCCCGCCGUAACAUUCGCAAACUGUCUAUACCGAAAAUUCCCCUGGCGCAAAUUCCCAAUUUACAUGCUAUCCCAAAUCCUCGGCGCCAUGACCGGAGCCGCAAUUGUGUACGCGAAUUAUAAAUCGGCUAUUGAUGUCUACGAAGGGGGUCCGUCUCUUCGCACCGUCCCAGGCUAUUCAUCGAAUGCCACGGCGGGCAUAUUUUGCACGUACCCUGCUCCAUUCAUGACGAAGACCGGGCAGUUCUUUUCUGAGUUUAUUGCUAGUUCGAUAUUGAUGUUCACCAUCUUUGCGGUUAAGGAUGAUAAUAACCUCGGCGCGGGUCCGUUGACGCCGCUGGUUCUUUUCUUCGUGAUAUUUGGGACUGGCGCCUGUUUUGGAUGGGAAACGGGGUAUGCGAUCAAUCUUGCGCGUGACUUUGGUCCGAGACUUGUUAGUUAUAUGAUCGGUUAUGGUCAUAAUGUUUGGGCUGCUGGGAACUACUAUUUUUGGGUAAGCUCCCCCCAUCCGAACAUUGCAGGACAGCAGGAUGUUCUGAUGAAAUCUGCAGGUACCAAUGGUUGCCCCCUUCUGCGGUACUGCUUUUGGUGGUUGGCUGUAUGA